UUUAAAGAGCUAUCGCCAGGCUAGAAUGACAUUGAUUUGAGCAGUAAAUAAUGGUAGAUCAGUGCAGAAGUUCUGUGGGGUUUUAAAAGCAAUUCGCACUUGACGUCUGGAAUUCGAUGAUCGCGCGUCAUGGCUGUGAAGGAGAUCUGUGUUUGGGCAGGGCUCUUUUUGGGUCUUUUUCUUGUUGCUGUUGAUGGAAAUACAGAACCGUUAUUCCUGGUGACGUUCCCUGAAGUGAUCGAGUCUGGCUCUGACGCCAAAUUGUGUGCAAUUCUUCUGAAACCCAACGAUAGUUUGACAAUGACCAUUUCUCUGCUCGAUGACAAAAACAGGACGACUCAUCUUGUGGAGCAGCGAUCUGCUUCUGCAGAGAUUUACCGCUGCUUUAGUUUCCAGGCUCCUCGAGUAGAUGGAGUAUCCGUGCAGAAGAUAAAGGUGGAAGUUCAUGGGAGAUGUUUCAAACUGGUUGAAGAGAGGAAAGUCAUGUUCAGAAGUUACCUGCCUUUGACCUUCAUCCAAACAGACAAACCCAUCUACAAUCCAGGACAAACAGUGAAUUUUAGAGUUGUUACUAUGGAUGCCACAUUUGUGCCUCUUGAUCAAAUGUAUAGUCUUGUGGUGGUGGAGGACAAUAACAAUAACCGGAUUGGUCAGUGGACAAACGUUUCCUCAACGGAUUGGAUAUUGCAGCUUUCUCACGAGUUAAACCCAGAGGCUCAGAUAGGGAAGUACACGCUAAAGGCUUUUAUUGGGGAUCGAACAAUCUCCCAUGUUUUUGAGGUGAAAAAAUACGUUUUACCAAAGUUUGAUGUGACCUUAAAAACACCACAGAUGUACAGCGUUGGAGAUGAGGGACUUAAAGUCGAAGUUUGUGGCAAAUACACAUUUGGCCAACCUGUGCCUGGUCAAGCAUUGGUGGAAGUAUGCCGUGAGCCGUUUCCAUUUGUCGUGGUUCCCGAGGUGACCCGUCUGUGCCUGAAUCAAACAGAGCAGAUGAAUGACACCGGCUGUGCCUCCCUUACCGUCAAGACAUCAGAGCUUUUCAACACAAGCUUUGAGAAUAAUCUACAAGACGCAUUUCUUGUUAACGUGAACGUCACUGAGGAGGGAACUGACUUGCUAAUCUCAAAAUCUGCAACAGUGUCCAUUACGUUUAAAGUUGGUGAAGUCACGUUUGUGGAAAUCCCAGAUUUCUUUGAGCCUGGGUCAAAGAUUAACGGAAAGAUAUCUGUGAUUCAAUUCAAUGGGACUCCAUUGGUGAGCAAAGUGGUUUAUCUCCUGGAUGGUUCCAGCUGGCCCAGCAAACUGCUGUUGAAUCUGACCACAAACCAGGACGGACUGGCCACGUUCUCACUCAACACUACUAGUCUUCCUAAAGCUGCUCUUACUCUAGUGGCAAGUGUGACUCUAGAAGUAGUUUAUGGUUACAAAUCACCAUACUUCACUACAGGUACAAGGGUUGUUCUUGUUCUUCAACCUGCUACUCCCUACAGUCCAAUGUUUAGUGAACUGACUAUAGUGAAGCUCAAGCAGCCGCUCAAAUGUGGUGCUGAGUUUCCAGUGACGGUCACGUAUUCUUUUGUUGGAGAAACUGGUGACUACAGCACUGAUAUCAUCUAUAUGGUCAUGUCCAAAGGAGUGAUCAUCUUCCAUGGAUUUCAAAGGGUUAAAGCGAGAGCUUUUGAUAUGGUCACAAACGGUACGAUUUUAUUCAGACUGUUUGUCUGUGUCGAUAUGUCUCCAGCAGUGCAGAUUCUGGUCUUCUGCAUUCUGCCCAGUGAGAAUGUAGUUGCUGCUAGUGCGUCCUUUGAGACGGAAAUGUGUUUCCAAAACAAGGUGUCUCUAAAGUUCUCUCCUGCUACGGCCGUUCCUGCUGAGGAAAAUAUUUUGACGGUCUCUGCUGAAGCAGGAUCUCUGUGUGGCAUCAGUGCUGUAGACCAGAGCAUCCGGAUCUUGGAGCCAGGAAGACGUCUGAGUGCUGAAAUGGUAUUCAACUUGUUCCUGGUUCAAUCAUUCUCAGAUCAUUAUCCAUAUGAAGUUGAGGAUGAACAGGAGUGUCUGAACGUUCGGCCCCGUCGAGAUGUUCCUCCAGCCAAUGCCUACAGAAUCUUCAAGAGUGUGGGGUUGAAGAUUGCAUCAAAUCUGCCUGUCCGAGAUCCUCAGUGCCUGAAGUACAGAAACCUGAACUACUAUCGCAACUUCCGUGAUGCUUUUCAAGAACCUGAAUUGCCUCCUGAUCAAAUAGUAGAAAGUGCUGGACGUGACGCUUCCUUUUUUGACGUGACCGUCCGGACUUACUUUCCAGAAACCUGGAUCUGGCAGCUUGCUCAAGUGGGAGACACUGGAUCCACACAACUUCCUCUCACUGUUCCUGACACAAUCACCACAUGGGAGACCGAGGCGUUCUGCCUGUCCUCUAAAGGUUUUGGUCUGGCUCCUCCUGCUCUGCUGACGGUCUUCCAGCCCUUCUUCCUGGAGCUCUCCCUGCCGUACUCCAUCGUCCGUGGAGAGUCUUUUGAUCUGAAGGCCACGGUCUUCAACUAUCAAUCCAAGUGCAUCAUGGUUAAAGUAACUCCAGCUUCAUCCAUGGACUUCAUACUUAAACCAUAUCCUGAUCCAUAUUCAUCCUGUCUUUGUGCCAAUGGGAGAAAGACCUUCAAAUGGGUUCUCUCAGCUUCUGUUCUCGGAGCCGUCAAUGUGACUGUCCGUGCUUCAGCUGAACCAUCCCGGACUCUAUGUGGCACUGAGGUCGUGACUGUGCCGACGAGAGGACGCAUUGACGUAGUCACUCGAAGUCUACUUGUCCUGCCUGAAGGAGUUGAAAGCACAAACACCCAGAGUUGGUUACUGUGUCCAAAGGGAAACGUUCUUUAUGAAAACGUGACUCUGACAUUUCCAACAAACGUGGUUCAAGGAUCUGACAGAUGCUCAGUUUCAGUCCUUGGGGACAUAAUGGGUCGUGCACUGAAGAAUCUAGACGGGUUAUUACAGAUGCCAUCUGGCUGUGGAGAACAGAAUAUGAUCAUGCUUGCUCCCAAUAUUUACAUCCUACUGUACCUGAAGGUCACAGGGCAACUCACCGCAGCCAUCCGAGAGACAGCCACAGGCUUCCUUCAGAGCGGAUACCAAGGACAGCUAAACUACAGACACACUGACGGAUCAUACAGCACAUUUGGUUAUGAUGCAUCCAAUACAUGGUUGACUGCCUUUGUCAUGAGGACUUUUGGUCUAGCGACGCGCUUUGUCUUCAUUGAUCCGAAUGUCCUUCAGAGUGCAAAGGACUGGAUAAUUAGCCAACAGGUUUCAGACGGCUGUUUCACGCAACAGGGCACUCUGUACCACAAUGAAAUGAAGGGUGGAGUUGGUGAUGGUGUGACCAUGACUGCCUACAUUGUUGCAUCGCUGCUUGAACUAGGUGUCCCUGCCACGGAUCCUGUAAUUACCAACGGUCUGUCAUGCUUGAGGCCUGUCAUUGGGAACCUGGGAAACACUUAUGCCACAGCUCUGCUGACCUACACCUUCAGUCUGGCUGGAGAGACCACCACUCGAUCACAGCUUCUAACUGCUUUAGACAGCCUUGCUAUUUCUGAAGGUACUAAGCUCCAUUGGUCUCAGACGACAUCUGGUGAUACUCUGGCGGUGGAGAUCAGCUCUUACGUGCUGCUAGCAGUUCUCGCUGUUCAGCCUCUCACAACGGCUGAUCUGGGCUAUGCUAACCGCAUUGUCAACUGGCUCGUGACCCAGCAGAAUCCCUAUGGAGGCUUCUCCUCCACCCAGGACACAGUGGUGGCUCUUCAGGCUCUGUCUGUGUACGCUGCUCAAGUGUUCAGCUUGAACGGCUCCAGCUCUGUUACCGUACAGUCCUCAGAAGUAGGAGGAGACUCUCACAGCUUCAAUGUGAACCGGGACAACAGGCUGCUGUAUCAGGAGAAGCCGCUGAAGAACGUUCCUGGCAAAUAUAGUGUUGAAGUGUCAGGAUCCACUUGUGUGUCUGUGCAGGUUGCGUGUUUCUACAACAUCCCAACACCCGUUAAAGCCCCCAAAACGUUGACCAUCGAAACUCGGGUGACUCGAGACUGCCAACCGCUUGGAGCCAAUCUCAUGUUGGACUUCACGGUGAAAUACGAUGGUGAAAAAGCAAGCUCUAACAUGGUUCUAGUGGACAUUAAGCUCCUGUCAGGCUUUACGGCAGAUACGUCACUGCUCGGUUCUUCACCCCAAUCGUUUGCCCCGUUAGUGGAGCGGGUCGAUGCCGAAGAUGAUCAUGUCCAAGUAUAUCUGAAAGAGGUUCCCAAAGGCGUCCCCAUGAGUUACACUCUGCAGCUGAAUCAGGUUCUUGCAGUGGACAAUCUCAAGCCAGCAGUCAUAAAGGUUUAUGACUACUAUCAGACAAGUGAUUCGUUUGAGACUACCUACACCUCUCCCUGUCCAUGAUCUGGUUCAGUACUGGUUUUAGGAUACGUGACUUAAAUAAAACCACUUUUAUACAAUCAGUC